AUUUUGAGGAAUGAAAUCUGGCGCAAACAGCACAGGAGCGAAAACUAUAGACCAAUUUAAAGUCUUAGCUGAACUUAAUACAGGCUGUUUUGGAAGAGUAUCAAAAAUUGAAGAAAUUGAGACAGGGGAAAUUCUUGUCUGGAAAGAGAUAAAUUACAAGAAUAUCGAUAAAAAGCAGCAGAAACUAAUAAUCACAGAAGUCAAUAUCAUGCGCUCACUCGAUGAUGAUAAUGUGGUAAAAUACAAAUACAGAAUCAAUGAUAAAACAAAAGAGAAGCUUUACAUAGUCAUGGAAUUCUGUGAAAAAGGUGACCUCAAACAAUUUCUUGACAAGAGGAAAAGAUCUAAAGAGCCCAUACAGGAAGACUCCAUCUGGAACUUAUGAACCCAGAUGUUACUUGCUCUCAAUGCCUGUCAUAAAAAUAAAGAAAGAGUUAUUAUCCACAGAGACCUUAAGCCAGGAAACAUCUUUAUUGACAGAUUUGGCCAAUUUAAGCUAGGCGACUUUGGAUUGAGCAAAGAACUCUCUGAGAAUUCAGUCUGAGCUAAGACCAAUCUUGGUACCCCUUAUUAUAUGUCUCCUGAACAAGUCAAAGGAAAUGAAUAUGACCAAAAAUGUGACAUCUGGGCCUUAGGUUGUAUAAUACAUGAAAUGGCAGCAUUAGAUGUUCCUUUUAGAGCUGAGAACUACCUCAGGCUUGCAGAGGUUAUUUCAAAGGGAGAAAAAUCGCCGAUUCCAGAACGUUACUCAGAGGAUUUACACAAAUUAAUCGACUUAAUGAUGCGGAAAGACCCAAAGAUAAGACCAAGUGCUUCAAAAUUACUAACCCAUCCUAAAAUUUCUGAGUGCCUUACAAGGAUAAACCUGAAGAAAAGAAUGGAUCUCAAAGUUGAGAGAGAAGAGUUCCUCAAAAGACAAAAAGAGUUAUUCAAAUAAAGAGCAGCUUUUACGCAAGAAGGAGAGAGAGUUAGAACGGCUUAACAAAAAGUACCUAAAAAGAGUCAAAGAGCUUAAUGAGCAUGAAAAACAGCUUGAGAGGAAACAUUCUGCUCUUGAAAAUAUGACUCUAAAUUCUGAUAUUUCUAAGAAUUUCACACAAAAUGAGGGUCAGAGGUUGAACAAAACAGUUGAUCAGACUCAAGAGAUGUCAGCUUUAAAAGCAUCUCAUGACAGACAAAUUGAUACCUCUGUAAAACUCGAGCGGAUGAGCUAUGAUUUUAAAGAGAAUGAUCAAAAUAAGGAGAAUAUAAAUAUUUCUAACAGAAAUCUUCUUUCUUCCACAUCUUCGUUCCCAGGUAAUAAUUGUAGGAAUGUGAGCAGCAACGAAUCCAAGGUGUUCACAAGUCCACAUAAUUAUGAUGAUUCUCAGAGAGAUGCUCAGAACUCUUCUAAACGCUCUGGGAAAAUGAGAUGCGAGCUCUUCAGUAAAAAUGUGAGCAUAAACCUCUGCAAUGAAGAAAAUAGCAAUGAUAGCAGGAGUAGCUAUAAGACUAAGGAAGGAACUACAUACUUUCAUAGCAAUAGUAGAGAUAAGACAGGAUCUUUGACUACAGGGGAUACAUCCAUUAUGGUGAGGAGCAAUGCCAAAAAUGCUCUCGAGAGCCAUAUGGCAGCGAAGGAGAGAUAUUGUGAUACUAGUACCUUUAGUGCAACACGAGGCCUUCCCCCUAGUGGUCAGAAACAAGUAACUAGAACUUCUCUUGACAUUCUAAAGCAAGGAGAGUUGAAUGAUGAUAAUACACCUGAAGGAGCUACUAAUUUAUCAAGAAAUUUCUCAACAAACUUCCUUCGGAUAGCUAACAUCGCUGAAGGCAAUAGAAACAGGGCAUCAAACCAAAAGACUAUUGCAGCAUCUUUCAGGACAAAUAGUGUAGAAAACUUGCAUGCUAGGCAGCACAUGCAAGGAGGAAAUCUUACCUUUAGAAAGAAUCUGGCUCCUAGUAAUCUGGCUAACAUGAAGGUUGGAAGCAGCUUAACAUUUAAGAAAUCAAGCAACAUUAGCAUAACCAAACCUCCGAUGAGAAAUAACUUAUCCAACACAGGAAUGGAUCCUAGCAUUUUGAAGAAGUUUCAGAAAAUGAAGUCUGGUUCAAAGAAUUCAGUCAUAAGGAAGAACUUUAAUACAUCUUCAAGUACAAAGAACUUGAAAGUUGUUUCAACAUCCUCAAGUGCCCGUGCUGGCUUUAUAAGCAAGGGAAGAUAUCAAUUAACAAACUUAGAGUCUAAUAACACCCCAAAGGAAGCUAUGGGGCAUACUUUCGAAAUAAACAAUAGUCUUUCCAGAGACCAAAAAGCUGAAGAUCUUCAAAGAGUGGAUUAUAGAAGGGUGAAGGAUUUUAAUGAUCACAAUAAAGCAAAAGAUGACUGACUUUAUUACAAUAACAACAAAUUUUGCCAACCACAUUGUGAAGCAAAUGACUACUAUCGAAAAGAACAGAGAAAUCAGUUAUUUCAGAGACGGUUAUCUUCAAAUUGUCAAAAAUCAUAG